UAUCUCUGCUUCCGAAAAUUGAAAAACACGGGGGUCGGGGAGUGAAGUGCGGUGAAGCUAAGAGCGGCUUCAGUGAUGUGUAUAAAAUUUAAUUGUUAGUAUAUUCGAUACAAAAUUAUCUUAACGUGAUAUAAAAGAAAGAUUUCAAUUGCUUCUUGUAGCAAUUUAACAGAAACUAUCGUAUUUAACGUCUUACAUAUACUUUCAUCUAGAAUUCCGUAAGCUUUCGAAUAUCUUGUCUACCUACUGACUGUUUGUGUCCUAAGGUGUGGAAAUUUAACAAGAUACAUUUUGUAGAAAAUAUAAAAAGGUUUAUUUAUGUGGUGAAAAGUGAGAAAUUGUGUUAAAAUACUAUUUGUUAUGUGGUUUAUUCUUGUUCUGAUGUGGCAAACCGGAUUGCACCUUAGUGGAGAAAACGUGACGCUGUUAUAAGAUGGCAGCUGUAAGCACGCGGCGAGCGAGCGGCCGCGCGUCGCUUGUUACUUGUGACACGUCUGUUAAAUUGGAGUAAAGAGGCCGUGCCAGGCCAGUAUGGAGGAGAGCAAAAAACGUGUACACGGCACUAAAGUUUCAAAAAUAGCAAAUAUAUUUCAAGGAAUGCCUUCUAGAGACGACGAAGACAUGCGAGGAACCGACGUUACGGUUGUGAGGACUGAGAGCCAUUUGGCUAGGUUUAAUAAUGCUCGCGCGUUAUUUGAAAAGUUAGGUGAAGAAAAUCGUGGUUUCCGGAUCGAAAAGUCACCUUCUGCUGCUGCCAGUUUCGCUGGAACACGCGGAGUAUCACCAGGUGCUCCGUCCCGCUCUCGGUCCAGCUCUGCCGGCUCCGUGAGUCCGCCUCGAAGUCAUGGCCCUCCGACUGUGCCAUACGCCUCUGCAAUUAAUGGAGACAAAUUGUCAAAUGGUGCUGCACAACCGCCACCAAAACCAGUCAAACCUAGUGUGCUUCCAAAGCCAGAGAAACCUGAUAGACGGUUUAAUAAAGAACUAAUAGAAAAGCAGAGAAAUUGGACUUCUCACUUUAAUAAAUCUCGUCCUGCCAAAACUGAAAACGAAAAAAUAGAAAAUAAAUUUUUAGCCCAAGACCGCAAAUCUCCAGAAGAUACUGAUAGAUAUGUGGUUCCUUCGCGAGUGUAUACUCCGCCACUUUCUCCGGGUGCGAUUGAUACUCACUUGGAGCGACCCACUACACUGCCUACUGCUUUAGUGAAUCGAAGCGUACCUGUUGCGAAAUCACCUAGUCCUGUUAAAAACGUCGCACCUGUACUACCUUCUCCUAGAUCUAAUAGUGCGAAAUCACCCACCGUAAGAAGUUCACCAUCACCCAAAGCAGAAAUUCAUUCCGCUGUUAUACAAAUUACAGAAACAAGAAGUUUGGUAACACCUGAAAAAGAUGAUGUGCGAGAAAUAAAACCACUUCCUAGAACUGAUAUGUACUCUCAUUCUGCUAAAGUUGUGGAGCGUGUAUCGACUAUAACAACGUCUACUAUUGUUUCAUCAAGCGAAGGAAAUGUAUCUCCGAUUAAGUUUCACAAAAUAUUACCUUCACCCCCCAUACGAAUGCCAAGAUCUCCACCGCCGCCAGUGCCAGAUGAUAAAAGUGCACAUAAUGACAGCAUCUCGCCGGUUACUUCUUUACCUGAAGAAUUUUCGCCACCAUUGGAAAGUUUGGAUGAAAAGAUUGAUAAAGAAAAAGCAGUGGAUAAAUCCCCUGUAUCGUCUCCUAAAAUAAUACUUGCAGAUGAUGAACCUCGGGUUCAAUGUAAUAUUGAGGAAGUCAAGGUAUUUGAGAAGCGAGACUUGCGAUCCCGAUUUAGAUGCUCCGGCGCCGCCUCCGCGCAGUUACUCGACUGA